AUGACGUUCCUAGAGAAUGAGCUGAAGAAAAUGCAAUCCAAAAAUAAUGAGCUGUGUGAGAAUGUAGCUGAACUUCAAAGGGACAUCAUAUGGAAAAUGGCCAAGGGGAACAAGUUUCUGGACGAGAAGAAACUCCGCAUCAAAGAAGCUCUGAUACCGCAGGAUCAGGCUGCCAGAGAGAAACUGGCCGCUGAUACAGAAGGCGCGACAAGAGGGAAAGAAGGCGGGGUUCAAGGGCCCACACGCGUUUAUCGAAGGAAGAAUGAUUACUGGGAGAGACCAGCCUCCCCUGUUCCCAGCUGUGUGUCCUUGAAGAGUGACCAGUCUAUGACUCCUCCUUUAGAGUUUAGAGAGGGAGACUUUUCUACUGAACAAAGUGGUCCUGACAUGCACGUCCUGAGGAAAAUGAACCAGAAGGAGCUUGCUGACACACUGGAGAAAUAUUCAGAUCAGCUUGCUGUGAUUUGCCAACGUGAACUCAAAUCUAAUCUAAAGAAGAAGUUUCAAUGUGUAUUUGAGGGGAUCGCUAAACAAGGAAACCCAACACUUCUCAAUAAGAUCUACACAGAGCUCUACAUCACAGAGGGUGGAACAGGAGAGGUCAAUAAUGAACAUGAGCUGAGACAGAUUGAGACAACAACCAGGAAACAAGCAAGACCAGAGACUGCAAUCAAAUGUAACGACAUCUUCACACCUUUAACUGGACAAGACAAACCUAUCAGAACUGUGAUGACAAAGGGAGUCGCUGGCAUUGGAAAAACAGUCUCUGUGCAGAAGUUCAUUCUGGACUGGGCUGAAGGAAAAGCAAAUCAGGAUGUCCAAUUUGUCUUUUCAUUCCCUUUUCGGGAGCUGAAUUUGAUGAAAGGGGAAAAACACACUUUCAUUGAACUUCUCAAUCACUUCUCAAUGGAAACCAAACAAUCAGGAAUCUCCAACUACGACAAGUACAAAGUUCUGUUAAUCUUUGAUGGUCUGGAUGAGUGCCGACUGCCCCUAGACUUCCAGAAGAACAAGAUCUGUUGUGACGUCACAGAGUCAACCUCAGUGGAUGUUCUGCUGACAAAUCUCAUCAAGGGAAAUCUGCUUCCCUCUGCUCUCAUCUGGAUAACUACCCGACCUGCAGCAGCCAAUAAGAUCCCUUCAGGGUGUUUUGACCAGGUGACAGAGGUACGAGGGUUCAAUGACCCACAGAAGGAGGAGUACUUCAGGAAGAGAUUCAGUGAUGAGGACCUGGCCAGCAGAAUCAUCUCACACAUAAAGAAAUCAAGGAGCCUCCACAUCAUGUGCCACAUUCCAGUCUUCUGUUGGAUUUCUGCAAUAGUCCUUGAACACAUGCUGAAACAUAAGAGAGAAGAGAUGCCCAAGACUCUGACUGAGAUGUACACACACCUUGUGGUGUUUCAUACCAAACAGAAGAAUGAAAAGUAUCUUGGGAAAGAAGAGACAGGUCCACACUGGAAUAAAGAGAGCAUUCUGUCACUGGGAAAACUGGCUUUUCAGCAGCUUGUGAAGGGCAAUCUGAUUUUCUAUGAAGAAGACCUGAAAGAAGCUGGCAUUGAUGUCAAUGAAGCCUCAGUGUACUCAGGAUUGUGCACACAGCUCUUUGAAGAGGAAUGUGGGCUGUACCAGGACAAGGUGUACUGCUUUGUUCAUCUGAGCAUUCAGGAGUUUCUGGCUGCUGUAUAUGUGUUCCUCUCGUUCAUCAACAACAAUGAGAAUCUAAUGGACAAACUGCAAACAAAAGAUGAGCCUGAAGUUACUGUCUACAAGAGUGCUGUGGAUAAAGCCUUACAAAGUGAGACGAGAAACCUGGACCUUUUCCUCCGCUUCCUUCUGGGCCUCUCACUGGAGUCCAAUCAGAAGCACUUACGAGGUCUGCUGACAAAGACAAGAAGCAGCUCACAGACCCAUGAAGAAACAGUCAAGUACAUCAAGGAGAAGAUCGGGGAGAAUCUCUCUCCAGAGAGGAGCAUCAAUCUGUUCCACUGUCUGAAUGAACUGAAUGACCAUUCUCUAGUGGAGGAGAUCCAAAGCUACCUGAGAUCAGGAAGUCUCUCAGAAGACGAACUGUCACCUGCACAGUGGUCAGCUCUGGUCUUUGUGUUGCUGACUUCAGAAAAGGAGCUGGAUGUGUUUGACCUGAAGAAAUACUCCAGAUCAGAGGAAGGUCUUCUGAGGCUGCUGCCAGUGGUCAAAGCCUCCAGAGCUGUUCUGUGAGUAAAUAAAAUGACAUAUAAGAACUAAUCAUCAGGAAGCAAUAUCCAGUUUAGAGAAAAUAAUGUACAUAAUCCUUAUAUAAUUUUAUGUUGAAAAACAUAUUGAAUAAA